UUGGACCAAUCAUAGUUGUUGAAUGUGCGCAUGAGCGGUAGGUACAUCUGUCUAACAACAGAAGCUAAUGGAAAGAGAGGAUCGUCUUUUUUAAAGUUGCAGCGCGUUGAGCUCUCUCGGCCACCGUACUUGACUCCUAUAUAUUGCAUCCAGAUGGAGGCUCGUAAAAAGAACGUGGCGGCUGCAGGACGGGUGAUAAUGGACGUGAUCCAGGCUGAAUGGGAGCCGCUGUCUCACUGGGAGCUUGACCAGCGACUGGACCGUGCAGUGGCAGAGAUGAUAGAGGCUGACCUGGUGGCCCAGGUCCAGGAGCAGACGACCUCUGUGUUAAUGCAAGCCUCUCAACAGGAGGAUUCAGCGCCACCAGAUGAGGCAGAAAAAGCCACUCCUCGGCUGUCAGGGUCCAGGACCGCUGUUCAGGAGUCUGCCUUGCAGCGUGCACAUGCUACUGAAGUCAUGGAGGCAAAUCCUACAGUACAGUAUGUGACAAAUUUUCUGCAAAGCUCCAACACAAGCUACAGCAAGAACCGAUUGUCUGGAAGAGCUCGACUGUCCUUGUCUCACACUGUCCUUCUGUCCCUCACCCUCCUGUCCAAACGCAUCAGCUAUCGCAGCGUGUCCUCUAGUUUCCAUCUGGAGAAGGGAAAUAUUCACAGGAUCUUCUUCUCUUUCUGUGAUCAAGUGAUCGCACAAAAGGAUCAGCUCAUUCAGUGGCCUGCAGGACAGGAGGCCCAACAACAUCUGCUUCCUUUCUCCAGCUGGCUGAGUCGUAAUGAAGGUCUGGAAGAGAGAGGUCUUCCUCGAGUGCUCGGUGUGCUGGGUGACACACGCAUCCCCAUCCGCCUGCCUGCUGGCAAACCGGACAGCGAUAGUGACACUCCAGAAGCCAAUAGACCAAAGAACGAACCACAUCCAGAUUCAUGGCUGAACUUGGAAUUGGUCUGCAAUGACAAGGGUCGCUUCAUUUACUGCCACAUCAGCAAAGGAUUGGAAAAAGACAGAGGAAGUGCGUUAGCUGAAAGGAUUCGGCAAAACUCUGAGAUGGUGCCUCCAGGAACCUGCCUGAUAGCCGGAGUCGGAUACCCGCUCACAGAACAAAUACUUACUCCAUUUUCACCAGGUCGAAACCCGCAGGAAAACCUCUACAACAGAUCGGUGGGGAACCAUUUAGGCCGAUUCAACCAGGCUGUGGCAGACUUAAAAGAGCGAUUCCAGAAAUUGAGAUAUUUGGAUAUGGGAAACUACGACAGGGCGAAAGCGGUGGUUCUGACUGCUUGUAUAUUACACAAUGUUUUUCUGGACAUGGGUGACGUGACAAAGGGACUUGUAGAGAGAAGCACACCAGAAGACAUGGAGGAGGCAAACAAAGAUGCUGCUGGGGUGAAAAUGAGGGAGACUGUAGUGAAUCUGCUUUACAGCACAUUGGAAGCAGCACCACAAUAAGUUUUUGAACUAAGUAUCAACGUUUUGGUGGAAUGGACCAAGGUUUCAUUAAAAAUACCUUAAUUUGUGUAUUCAGGAUGAACGAAA